CCGGCAAAGCGCGAAGACGUUUCGGUUAUUUUGUUGUUUCUUUGUUAUUUCUGUAUUUUUUUAUUAGGAGUCUGAAGUCGCGUUCGGGCCGCUUUAAUGGCCUUUUCGCAGUGAGUGUCUUCGUGUUUGAAAUUCUGUGCGAGUGCCGUACCGGAGAGCAUAAAGUGGAAAGAAAGCGGCCGAGAGAAGAGUCGCAUAAUUGCUCACCCACACACACACACACACACACGAGCCCAUCGCCCAGAGCCCAAAGCAGGGACAGCAGUAGAAGGCAGCGAUUUGAGACGGGCCAAAUCCAAAUCCGAUUGCAACGGGUCGCAGAAGCGUCACCGAGGCGGGGCGAGGCGAGGCACGGCCCAGGCAAUUGCAAAUCGAAUCGAAUUUAAACAUCUUGCGAGUAAAUGUACCCGUGUACAGAAGAGAUACGAGUAUAAGUACAACCACCAUUCCAUACAUGCAUACUCCAACAACUUUAUGCAUGUUUGUGCGUCCCGAAGGUCAACCGCAUCUUUACAAGCUUUCGUCUCUGCGUCAGUGCCUCAAGAAUGUGUUAAUUCGGUGUUUCAGUGACAACAACAACAACAACAACAAAAACAACAACAGGCGACGGCAGCACAGCACCCAGAGCUUAUACAUACAUAUGUACAUACUAGCACAACGGCAGCGACAACAUUUUUUUAGAUUUGCAUAAAAAAGUAAACAAAAGCCGCCUAUAAAAAAUAUAAAAUAAGAAACCAUACCUACAAAAAUUAUAAAAAACAACAACAAGCUGAGGAAAAUAAAAGCAAACCCAACACCGAACACGAACCCCAUAGAAGAUGAGCAUAUUUAGGCAUCAUCGGAAGCGCAUGGAGCUGCUCUUGAUGCUACUGAUCGGCCUGGCUUGGGGGAUCCUAUUGUCCGAGCUCUUGCAGCGGGCUCGCUGGCAGUUCAACGAAGAAGACCAGCCAUACCAAAGCAGCAAUUACCCUCCAAGCAGCUACAUGUGGAGCACUUCGGAUCCAUCGUACCAACUGACAACCAUGCCCAACAACCUGACCACAGACAGGGGAGAUCUGGCUGAGCGGCUCUUCAAGGAGACCCGCGUGCUGUGCAUGGUGCUGACCAGUCCGAAGAGCCACCGGACCCGGGCAAUUCACAUCAAGCGUACCUGGGGCUCGCGCUGCAACGAGUUGAUCUUCGUGAGCACCAAGUCGGACAAGGAGCUGGGCACGGUGGCGCUCAAGGUGAAGGAAGGAUAUAGCAACCUCUGGGGGAAAACGCGAGCUGGUCUGCAGUAUGUGUACACGCAUUUUCAGAACUAUGAUUGGUUCCUCAAGGCGGACGAUGACACUUAUGUGGUGAUGGAGAACCUGCGCUCCUUUCUGUACGCGUUCACGCCAAAAGCGCCUGUUUACUUUGGCAGCAAGUUUAGGGUGCAUGUGAAGCAGGGCUAUAUGUCGGGAGGAGCUGGCUAUGUGCUCAGCAAGGAGGCCCUGCUUCGGUUUAUGGAACACGGCUUUAGCAACAGCAGUAUCUGCAGCAAUCGCAGCAUCGGCUUCGAGGAUGUGGAGCUCGGACGCUGCAUGCAGGCAGUGGGUGUUGCGGCAGGGGACUCCCGUGAUGAGCAUGGCCUGGCCCGCUUUAUGCCCUUCUCGCCGCUGCACUGGUUCUCGAACUCGCCGAAGUGGUACAGACCCUAUCGCUUCUACACCUCGUCAAAUCAGAGCACAAACGAUUGCUGCUCGAACUCGGCCAUCUCCUUCCACUACAGCAAUGCCAAGGACUUCUACGUGCUCGACUAUGUCAUCUACAAGUUAAGAGCCUUCGGCCUAAGCAGGCCUCAGGAGCAGCUGCCAAUGAAGCAGCCAUUCCAGGAGGUUAUGGAGUCCUUGCAAAAGUGGCGAACUUCCAAGCCAGAAAAGCUGACGCCAGCAAUUAGGGACCACAAAAAUAAGCAAAAACUAAAGCCAAACGUUAAGACAAAAGCCAUACCAACAUCGAAAGCUAAACACGAUCCAAAAUCUAAAUCCAAAACUAUACACAAACCUAAGCCCAAAACUACAACCAACAUUACACCCAAAACUACACCCAAAACUGCACCCAAAAUAUCACACAAAACCACACACAAAACUACACACAAAACUGCACACAAAACUACACACAAAACUGCAUACAAAACAUCAAACAAAACACUACACAAGCCGAAUCCUAAAACCAAAACUAAAAUAACACCCAAACCUAAAGUCGAAACUGAGGGCUAAUCAUUUUCUUAACGCGACUGCCGGAAACCAUGCCAAAGAGAAAAAACCAACGCAGAAUUUGAAAAAUAAAAUAAACGGGGUCAUAUGUUAAAUCUAAAUCCUAAACUAUAUUCUGAACUAGUCGUAAGUCAUCCAAUUGUUAAUAAAUCAUGUCGCAAUCCUGCACUUUCCCUUACACGUGAA